UACACCAAGCUUCCCAUCUAUAAAAUCCUUUUAAAUACAAAGCCUGCUUUCAUUUUCAGAUGGAAACCUGUUUGACAGGACUUUUAACCCUGCCGUGUGAACCGAGAGAGCUGCUUACUUAAACGCUCUCACUCUGUCAUUUCUAUGAACUUUAUUGCAAAACCCCUGGUUAAUGAAGUUGGGAUUGUUUCCCAUACACUAAAUGCAAAAAGUUACCAAAAAGUCCGUGCUGUCAGCAGAAUAUUUGUUUACCUCAGCAAUCCACUUGCCUGACCGGCAUGUGCAGUAUAGAGGAGCUAUCUGGACAUUCCUAACUUCCUUGUACUGACUAUAUCCUCUUCCAACUCAACAUAUAUAAGUCUGAUGCAGCUUCUUUCAUAGAUCAACACUCUCAACAGCCUCAUACCUUUUGUAAAUGCUGAAUUAAGCUUUGAAUGCCUGGAAAUCGAGGCGAAAACAUGUCCAAAACCCGAUUUUCAACAUAUUUGUUUUUCUCUUUUGCUUGCUGCUUCUAUUGCAGCAAAGCUUUGCCGACUAAACUUAACCAAGAGGCUGUGAACGACAGACCUGUGAUCGGUAUUUUGACUCAGAUAGUUACAGAUGAAGUCCUGAAACCUUUCGGUAGGACCUUUAUACCUUCCUCCUAUGUCAAAUUCAUCGAGUCUGGGGGCAGCCGAGUGAUGCCUAUCAGAUUGACUCUUAAUACUGCUGAAUAUAAAAAAAUCUUCGAGAGUAUAAAUGGCUUGCUCCUCAUUGGGGGAGCAGCAGAUUUGGAGACAUCAGACUUUGCCAGGGUGGCGAAGAUUUUUUACAGUCUCGCUCUAAAGGCCAAUGAUGAGGGUGACUUCUUCCCCAUCUGGGGUACAUGCAUGGGAAUGCAGCUACUGACUGUGCUGGUGGCUGGUGAAAAUCUGCUGGCUAACACCACAGCUGAGAACGUAGCGCUGCCCCUCAACCUGACAACAGCGGCCAGCUCUAGUAGGAUGUUUGAGGGUUUUCCCAGUGAGCUCAUGAGGGCUUUGACCCAAGAACCUCUCACUGGCAAUUUUCACCACUAUGGACUCACAGUAGAGACCUUCCAGGAAAAUGAGAAGCUGCAGGGUUUCUUCUCCCUGCUGUCUACAAAUGUUGCUGAGAACAAAGUCCACUUUGUCUCAACCAUAGAAGGUAAAAGAUACCCCUUCUAUGGAGUACAGUGGCACCCAGAGGUGAAUCGUUUUCAGUGGAACAGAAAGCUGAUCUUUCCGCACUCCUCUCAUGCUGUUCAGUUGUCUUCCUUGCUGGCUGAGUUUUUUGUCAAUGAAGGAAGGAGAAGUUUACAUCAGUUUGACAAUCCUGAGAAGGAGGCCUCGUCACUGAUUUACAACUAUACGCCUGUCUAUACUGGAAACUUCACAGGAUAUGAGCAGCUCUAUUUCUUCUGAAAUCCUCUAGUGUCAACACAUGUACGUUUACUGUCUGUGGUACAGCACAACACUUUGUAGUGCUGUUUUCAUUUUGGGGAAAGAGA